CAACUGCAUCAAUUUUGUGUUCACUCUUGUUAAGGUCUUGGAUCCAGAACAAAAUCACAGCUUCACCGAUCACUACUUAAAUGUAGCCUUUGAUCUGUCCCAAGUCCUUUUUAUAGCUACAGCCAACACCACAGCUACUAUCCCACCUGCUCUGCUGGACAGAAUGGAAAUUAUUCAAGUUCCAGGAUACACACAAGAAGAAAAAAUUGAAAUUGCACAUAGACACUUGAUUCCUAAACAGCUUGAACAACAUGGCCUGACUCCACAGCAAAUACAGAUUCCACAAGUAACCACUUUGGACAUAAUUACCAGAUACACCAGAGAGGCAGGAGUCCGCUCUCUGGAUCGGAAGCUGGGAGCUAUUUGCAGAGCAGUGGCAGUGAAAGUGGCAGAAGGACAGCACAAAGAAACAAAGCCAGAUCGUGCUGAAGUGGGUGAAGGAGAAGAUUGCAAAGAGCAUGUCACAGAAGAUACAAAACCAGAAUCCAUCAGUGACACAGCUGACCUGGCUCUGCCACCUGAAAUGCCGAUUUUAAUUGAUUUCCAUGCUUUAAAAGAUAUCCUGGGGCCACCCAUGUAUGAAACCGAGGUGUCUGAACGCUUAAGUCAGCCAGGAGUAGCCAUAGGCUUGGCUUGGACUCCCUUAGGGGGGGAGAUCAUGUUUGUAGAAGCUAGUCGCAUGGAUGGAGAAGGUCAGCUUACUUUGACUGGUCAACUUGGAGAUGUCAUGAAGGAGUCAGCACAUCUUGCAAUUAGCUGGUUGCGCAGCAAUGCAAAGAGAUACCAGCUAACCAAUGCUUCUGGAAGUUUUGAUCUCCUUGACAACACUGACAUCCAUCUGCACUUCCCAGCUGGAGCUGUCACAAAAGAUGGACCAUCUGCUGGUGUUACCAUAGUAACCUGUCUUGCUUCACUCUUCAGUGGGCGGCUGGUGUGUUCAGAUGUAGCCAUGACAGGAGAAAUUACACUAAGAGGCCUUGUUCUUCCAGUUGGGGGAAUUAAAGACAAAGUCCUGGCAGCACACCGAGCUGGGCUGAAGAGAAUUAUCAUUCCUCGACGAAAUGAAAAAGAUCUUGAAGAAAUUGCAGUGAAUGUACGGCAAGAUUUGACUUUUGUUAUGGCAAGCUGUCUCGAUGAAGUUCUUAAUGCAGCUUUUGAUGGAGGAUUUGCAGUUAAGCCCAGAGUUGAGCGUUUGAAUAGUAAACUUUAAGCAGACAGGCUCAGAUUACUUCUGUAUGUCAAAUUUAAGAGAGAUCACUAACUAUCAGCUAUAUAUGUAUCAAGUAUCACUACAAACUAAACUUGAUUGUUUAAAUGUGGGUGUAAAUGGAAUCAAAAUAAAAGUAUUACCUUCAGCAGUUAACAACCUGAAAUCACAGUUAUGGGCAUUUGCUGGUUUUUUACUAUCAUUAGCAAAGAAUCAUGGAAAAAAACCCUCAUUUCCUGAUAGAGUCAACCAUGAGAAAACUGAAGCUGUUGAGAAACAAUUCCUUAGCUUAUCUGGUAUAUAUGUAUAUAAAUAUCAGCAGCUGAUCACAUCUCUAAAGAAGACACACCCACAAACAGGGAAUAAUAUGCAAUUCUGCAAGCUAUAUUCAGAGAACACAAAUUGCAGCACAUGCAGUUCAGCAAGAGAGUCUAAUAGAUGGGGUUGUUACCAAAAACCAAACUGAUUUAGUGCAAAUUUACUUAGACAAUAACACUCAAUAUGCUAGGGAGCAAGUAGCAUCACAGGAAAAAGGGGUCUGAAAUCCAAAAAAUAUGCUUAAGGGAUCUGCACAGAAGCAA